ACCCCACCCAUCCAACCCACCACCCCACAUCGAGACACACGGCACACGUGUCCCAUUUGUACCCCAUGGCCGACUCGCCUCCAUCCACAGAGGAUGAGGUCGUGGCACUGCUCAACAAGCUCUGCCAGCGGGCAGGUAUGCCGGCUUCGGUGACAUCGUCCAAUCAGGGCACACCUCUUCUUUUUGCCACCUUUCUAGAGGCCAUGCUGGCAGUUCCUCUGCCUGGCCUGGUGAGGGCGCCGGCGACGAUGGCAGACGCCGAGGCCAACGCCAACAUCGUCAUCGGCAUUCUCCGCAAAGCAGUCGACCUGCCGCUGAACCAGCUGAGCGUGGAAGCGCUUGCACGAUGCGAGGUUGGCGCAGUCGGCAAGACGGCAGACAUUACCGCCUCACUGUGGGACAUUCUGGCCGCAGCCGAGUCACUGCAGGAGCAGUCAGCGACGAGCUCGGAGCUUGGCCCGCUGCUCGACAGCGUAGAGCCGGAGAAGCCGAUUGCGCGUGGCGGGCCAAUUCACCCGUCGAUUCAGGCUGACGUUGCUGCGCACGACGAGCUUGCAAUCGCUGCAUCACGCGACGCAACAGCGGCAGCCAUCGACGCCGCCGAGGCUGCGCAGCAGCGAGCGCACACGCUCCGCCAGUUUGAGGCCUUCCUCAUCAAGUCGCAGGGCGAGGGCGCACUGCGCAAGCUCGAGGCUGCGGCGCUGGACGGCAAGCCGCGCCGGGUGCGGUCGUCCAAACAACGGGUCCGCAAGUCGCCACGCAAGGCAGCGCGCCGGGACGAGCUGUCGGGCGCUGGAAAGCUGGCGUCCGCCGUGGGCGCACGCCAGCACGCAGGCCUGGCGGGUGCUGACGCGCUCGCCGACGAUGCAGACAUGGUCAUCUCGCCCGAGCUGCUACAGGCGCUCGGCGUGGGCCCGCGGCUCUCCAAGCACUUUAUGAAGCAGCAGGUGGCUCAGUGGGAGCGGCUGGCCAAGACCAACACGGCGAAGUACAACCGAAACAUUGGUCUGGAGGACAUGAUUGCGCGCCAACAGGCGUACUACAAGCUGCUGGAGAAGGAGGCGCGGGUGGAGAAACAACAGCGGGCCAAGCGGCGCACCGCCAAGGCCAAGGCCGCUGUCCGGCGCACGGCCUACGAGCGGCGGCGCAAGCGGGCGGUUCUCCGCAAGCACGCCUCGGAAGAGAUGCGUGCCAUCGAGUCGCGCGCGCUUCGCCGACGCGACAACGAAGAGGUCAUGUACCGCAAGCUGUUUGACAAGUGCCUUGCGCUACAGCGCACCCGGCUUCGCGAAGAGCAGCGCGCCAUUCGUGAGGAGCAGCGCGAGGCCGCUGCCAUCCUCAACGAGCGCAAGUCGAACCUCGCUCGCUAUCACGCCGAGCAGAUGGCCAUGGUCAAGGAGCAGGUCAAGAUUGAGUCGUACAACCGCCGCGUCGCCGAGCGCGCCCAGGAGGUGGCGCUUGACAAGCUCGAGCACGCCAUGAAGGACUCACUCGCUGCUCAGCUGGAGCAGCUGAGGGCCCAGAUCGACGCCAACGACCGACUGUUUUACGAAGAGUUCCCCGCUGCAACCGAGGAGCGCCUUGCCCGCAUUGCUGCUGUCUCGAGAUAAAAGGCGUCUGUCGCGUU